AAUGUGACAUGCCUAGCAACAAACGCUAGAUUAACGCAGGCUGUGGUCGGGCCACCCCAGUAAAACUACCCUACAUUCGGAAUACUACCAACAGGCGUCAUAAAAUAGGGAAUCAUUCAAAAUGUGAACGUUUCCGUAUGCCAUUAUUUACCGGUUGAUGAAGGAAAAUGACGUUGUAACCUUAUAUGGUCGUAUAUAUAUAGACUUAAGACCUGGAGGUCAGGAUAAACCCAUGGGCCGGGAUGGCCCUAGGGUGGACUUAGGUGGUGUGUCCCCUCUGUAAAGGAUUUGCGGAGGAGCCAACGCUGAGAGUCCAGGAGUGAAUUGCCCGAGCAAAUCACCAAGAACUGUUUAUCCAAUCACGUGCAUUGAAUUCCCGUGGAGCUGCGAGACUUCACUCCGUCAGUUUAACACAAGUGCUGAAGUGUUAUGCUGAUACAUCCCCCUACAGAUCCUCUGUUAGAGUAUUAUGUCCAGUCCAGAAGCCUUAACAAUGUUAGUGUUUGGGGUUUACGAGGACGAACGGAUGUCCAUAGACGUCCCUAUAGGGGCGAGCGUUGGAGAAGCAAAACGGAUGUUCCAAGACAAAUUUGGUAUAUACGUUGACGAUUUCAGUAAAAAAGACCGAAAGGUUGUUGUGUUGCAUUAUAGUGGUAGUGACUUGGAGGAAGGAUGGUGCUUCACGGAUCUCGGAAUCCCUCCGGGAUCGACCAUCAAAAUCCACAUGAAGGAGGAGAUAAAGCCAGUAUUGUUUGUACACUGUACGUAUAAUGAUGAGGUCAUCGAUAUCGUGGACAAAGCACUGAUAGUACAUACAAUGAAGGUAGAGGACCUCCGAACAAUAGUUGGAAAGCGAACGGGUAUCCCCGUCUCUAUUUUCCGAUUAGUGAAUAAUGACGGUCAAGAAAUGUACGACGGCCACGAGUUAUACACCUAUGACGUAGAGGCGGGAAUGACUCUGAGGAUGGAAAACUGGGACGGCUGGAACGAGUUUAUUAACCUGUGUAUAAUGGGAUUUACACCACAGGUUCUCGCUCAAAUCGCCACGGACGAAGUCAUUUCCCGCUUCCAGAUGAAAGUGGCCUUAUUUAUCGCGGCCCAUUACGGAGGUGUUGACCUGGCGCGAAGUCUUAUCCGACAGGGUGUGCGGGCCGACGAACACAUUGGAGAGCAUCCGACCAGACAGUGGUGUAACGAAAAGUCUCAUAUAGAGACCAAAAAGGCCCCGAUCCACGAGGCCACAGAGAAUGGUCAGCUCGGUGUGGUACGGCUGUUUGUAAAUCACGAUAUCACUGUGGUCAUGGCGAAGGACGGUAAUGAUUUGAACGCUCUGAAUAUUGCCCUUAGAAAAAAACAAAAACCGUGUGCCACAUUUCUUCUUACUCGGCAGUGGACAAAGGUCCCCGUAGGCAAAUUCGGCUCUAUCACUGUUCAGAGCCUACGGAAAAUCAAAACAUGGUCGAUCCGUGCUAAGGAAAGAGCUUUUGCCAAAUAUGGACAGACGCGAUCGACUUUGAAGAAAAGGUCCUAUACCUGCGGAGCACUGGUAAGUUAUGGCCAGCCAGUGGUGAAUGGCUUCACGCCAAGCCCAAUGACCGGUAGGCCUAAAAAUGAAAUGAAGGAUAAGGAAAAGCAAAAGUCUAUUGAUACAUUCCACGAAGUCUACGGCAUCAACGGAGAUCCCGAGAACUACUUCCGGCAGAUGGGUACUCUUGCGGGUGUACGGAACUUGAACCGGAGGCGAAACACCAAGUGGGGUGCUAUGAUCGAUAGGUCGGAUGUUGCCGUACAGCUUGCAGGGGGACUGGCCAAUGCCAUUGAUAAUGACUUCGAAACAGAAACAGCAUUUUCAGUCAAAGGUCAGGGAGGUAAGCAAGGAACUGUAGCAGAAUCUGUAAUAUCGGACGCGGACAGCCGACCGUACAAAGGCAAACGUCACCAUGGGGCCGGACACGCUAUCGACACGGUGGCAGAAACUAACGCCAAAACAACAUUCGCAAAUAAAAACGUCCGCGGUGGGAAAGGAGACUAUCUCCUGGAUGACGACAUAGGUGAUCCCAACACUAAGCUACCUCCCUUGUCGCACCGAGGGAAAAUACAAGGGGGGAAGGAUACCAUUAAAGAGGAGGACGAAGACGAGUUGUCCGACAGUAGCAUGGAUAAAAAGUACAAAGCAAAGUAUAUUCAAACGCCUAUCAACAAAAAGCCUGAAAAAUCCGCCAAAUCGUUACCCAGCUUACGGGGAGCUGGCGGAGAGAAAUCCAAAAUGGCCCAAAAUGCAGAAACACCAGGAUCCCCGCGAAGCAUAGCAGACAAAUCAGAAAAGUCAGAAAAGAAAUCAAAAAAGAAGAAUCGUAUUACGUCUUCAGUGCUGUUGUCAAAGGCGAAAGCCGCGUCAGAGGGGGCGGUUCCUUUACCCCUCAUCAGUACGGAAAACAUCAGCAGGCCCUUCUUCUAUCACAGGGGAAUGCGCGAGGAGGACGUCGUGCAACCAAUCCUAGACCUUGUCUCCAAGUACCAAGGGUCGACCUCACGUGACCGUGCCAUCAAAUCAAUGACUAUCGCAAACACGUUCAAGGAGAAGGCAUGGCUAAGUCAGAUUCGCAUGGCGAUGGCCCUGACAACGCACACCAUUCGGCGAUCGGUCACUAACUGAUUUGUCAGUGGUAUUACUAUAACUACAUCGUCACCUACAGUAUUAUAUCAACAUGAACAUGCCUAAAUAAGAAAGCAUUAAACUUGAUAAUUGAUACUUGUCUACACCGAUUGUAGACUUUCGAUCAGUUAUGUCUAUUAUGUGGUUAUUUGUGUUAAAAAUGUGCUGACUUGUGACUUUGAUGAGUUGAUCUUUAUUUGGAAGACAGAACGUGAGAGUGACAGAUGUUGUAAUAUCAAAACUUUCCCUGAUGCUCAAAUAGCAUUUUAUGGGCCAUAUGAUGCAGAACGCGUGCAGUUAUUUUUUUUAAUUCGUGUUAUAAAUCAACACAAAUACACAUAUAUAUAUUAGUGCUCAAUGUGUGUAACACUCAAACAUACAAACAAUUCCAGCAAUCUGUGAUAUCAUUGAAAAUCCUUCAGCCAAAACGGCUGAAACUGACGACCAUGAUUUGUCGUUCAGUUUCGGAUACCUAUCUUGUAAUUGCCCUGUGUGGAUUUCCGUGUAGAAACAGCAGGUGUUGAGUAUCAUUGUAAAAAAUCUAUGUUAAUCUAUAAUGAACUUUAAAUUAAAUGUGAUAUAUUUAUA